AUGGUGCUCCGCUCGCGUCGCAGCACGCCGCACGGCACCAUCGAGAUCGCACGCGGCGAAUCGGCUAACUGCGACGGCUCCAUCUUCACAGCGCAAAUCGCGUGGCCAGUCCGCACAAAGGUGGCCGCCGCUGCCGCCAUCGCGUUGCUGCUGCAAGAGAGCGUGUGCGGUGCGGCGGACCACAACAUGACCGCAUUCCGCGUAUGCUCCGCGGGCGGGAAGCGGCCCAAGGUGGAGAAGGGUUACGAAGACGACGGCGAGGCGCGCGGCGGACAGCGGCUGCUCGGAGCACUCACAAAGAUUGCCGCGGCGGACGUCGCCGUCGUCGUCUCGCGCGUGUACGGCGGCGUCAACAUCGGCAAGCGGAGGUUCGAGCUCAUCGCUUCGACGGCCACCGGCCUGACGCUGCUCCAUCGGCGACCCUGCGAGCCGCAUCUGUUCACAGGCAAGGGCAUCGUCCACUCGUGGGGAGACGGCCACGCGCUGGCCCGCGCCUAG